GAGUUCUUGUCACGUUCUUGUUUCUUGUAUAGUAUCACAGAUUGUAUAAUCAAUUAGUGUCCUAUGAUAUUUUGAAUAUUUUUUGUGAUAGUGAGCAUGUGUUUGGGAAAAAUAUGAAGUUUUUGAAUAAGACUGUUAGAGUUUUAAGUUUAUUUUCAAAGCAAAGACGGCCCUUGAAACUGAAUACAACACAUGUCAGGACAUUACUAGAGGCACCUCAUUACUUUUGCUUAAAUAGGGCUUUCAGUGAAGGAUUUCUUGUUUCAGAGAGUAAGGUCAAAUCCCCCUUGACUAGUUUAUUAUCUAAUAAGGAUGCCCCAGAAAAAGAACAGCAAGAAACGCCUGAAGAUGACGAAAAGAAACGUAAAGAACAGUCGCAGAAAACAAUGCGAGUUUUAGGAUUUCUAGGAGUAUCCUUCACUUGCCUUGGAACAUACUUGGUUUUUACACUGGGGGCUCCAGAAAAGGAUGCUGAAGGGAAUCCUGUAAAAGAUGACCUAUCUGAUAAACCUAUUGCUUUGCAGUACAUAUUGCGAACAUACAGGGAAUUAGAUUAUUACAGAAAGCUUAUAAAGGAGCCAUCAAGGGAAAAAUUGUUGCCAGAUCCGCUAGAAUACCCAUACAUUCAACCAAAGUACACAUUAGUUUUAGAACUAACAGAUGUUUUAGUUCAUCCUGAUUGGACUUAUAACACAGGGUGGAGGUUCAAGAAGCGACCAUUGUUGGAUUACUUCUUGGAGACCUUACAUGGCUCUUAUGAAAUAGUCAUAUAUACAGCUGAGCAAGGAAUGACAGUUUUUCCUUUAAUAGAAGCAAUAGAUCCAAAAAACCUUAUUGCAUACAAACUAGUCCGGGAUGCUACAUAUUUCACAGGGGGUCAUCAUGUUAAGGCAUUGAACAACUUGAAUAGGGACCUAUCAAAAGUGAUUUGUAUAGAUUGGAAUCCAAAAAAUGUCAAGUUCAAUCAAGAAAACUUAUUGAAUGUAAAGAAAUGGACUGGCAAUGAUGAUGACACCAGUUUAUUAGACUUAGCAGCUUUACUGAAAACAAUUGCUGACAAUGACAUAGAAGACGUGCGAGAAGUUCUAAAAUAUUAUAGUAAAUAUGAUGACCCUAUAGCAGCUUUUAGAGAAAAACAGAAACGGUUAAUCGAAGAAUUAGAGGCGCAAGCAGCUGCACAAAGAGAACAGGAGCCAUCAAAAGUUUCAAAGUGGAAGCCCAGCAUAUUUGGGAGGAAGACUUUUUGAAUAAAUUUUAUGAUUUUUAUCGUUGUAUAUACAUUUUUUAAGAGGAUGUGUUUAUGUAAGUCUAAAGAAUGUUUAGCUGAUCUAAGAUUUUACAGAUACGCGUAUUUCAUUUUAUGCUUAAUUUAUUAUGAAACAAGUCGAAUAGAUAAUGUAAUCUGAAGGUCACAAUGUUAUUGAUUGAUAAAAGUUUCUUAAAAAUAAAAAUUAUACUGAUGUGUUA